AUGCUGCGCUCGUUUAGAUCGCGGUCAGCGACAGGGCGUUUCGGCUUCGCAGCCUCUCGCCUUACGCAACCGCUUGCAGCUUCGAUACCUUCGCCAUCAGCUGCCUACCGUUCCUUGACGAGCUUCUCAGCAUCAAGGCCUCAACCAGCUUCUGCUUCUGUGCUUUCAUCUCCGAAACUCUCGUUUCUAACGCCAAAGCUCCAGCUCCGCCACUAUGCCACUCCGGCUGAAGAUGGUAACAAGAAGAACCGUUCUGCAAAGGAGCACGACGAAGAUGAUCAGAAACAGAAAGAGUUUGAAGAAUCUGUAGAGCGUGGCCUUAAGGAGGCUCGUCAGGGCAAAGCCAGCGCCGGUCUUCCCCAGAACCUCAAGCAAUUCUUUGAGAGUGGCGACAAGAAGCCUACUUCGAGCAAGAGCAACAAAGAGUCGGAGACAGAAGAAGACGACGUUGCCGAGAGGAACAAGAGCAAGUCCGAAAAAUCGUCUGGUGCCAACAGCUCUAGUGGUGGCGGAGGCGGACCCAACGGCCAAUUCACCGAGAUCCGCAUCAACGCCAACACCAUCCUCGCAACCAUUGUUUCCACCUACCUCUUCUACCGACUUACAUCGCCUGACCAACCCAGUCGUGAGAUCACGUGGCAGGAGUUCCGUACCGCCUUCCUCGACAAGGGCCUCGUAGAUCGCCUUGUGGUUGUCAACCGAUCCAAGGUCAAGGUCUACCUCCACUCGAAUGCUACCGGGUCCCUCUAUCCAUCUCCCAACGGAGGCUCUAGCACUCCUGCUAGCGGAAGUGGUCACGCCGCCUACUGGUUUAGCGUCGGCAGCGUCGAAGCCUUUGAACGACGUCUCGACGAGGCUCAGCGCGAGCUCGAGAUUCCCGCCAACGAGAGAAUCCCCGUGGCCUACCACGAAGAGAUUUCGACCGCAUCGACACUGCUCCACUUUGCCCCUACGUUGCUGAUUGCCGGUCUUCUGUUCUGGAUGUCGCGACGAGCUGCCGGUGGCGCCAUGGGCGGCGGCGGCGGUGGUGGACCGGGCGGAAUCUUUGGUAUCGGCAAGUCGAGGGCCAAGAUGUUCAACCAAGAGACAGACGUCAAGACCAAGUUCAAGAAUGUCGCCGGCAUGGAUGAGGCCAAAGAAGAGAUCAUGGAGUUUGUCAACUUCCUCAAGAAGCCCGAAAAGUACGAGAAGCUAGGCGCCAAGAUCCCGCGUGGUGCUAUUCUCUCGGGUCCUCCCGGUACCGGUAAGACGCUGCUGGCCAAGGCGACUGCUGGUGAGGCUGGUGUGCCUUUCCUGUCCGUCUCGGGUUCCGAGUUUGUCGAGAUGUUUGUUGGUGUCGGUCCCAGCCGAGUGCGAGACAUGUUUGCUAACGCCAAGAAGCACGCGCCCUGUAUCAUCUUCAUCGACGAGAUCGAUGCCAUCGGCAAGAGCCGCGGCAAAGGUGGCAACUUUGGUGGCAACGACGAACGAGAGUCGACGCUCAACGAGUUGCUCGUUCAAAUGGACGGUUUCGGUACCGAGGAGCAUGUCGUUGUGCUUGCCGGUACUAACCGACCGGACGUGCUCGAUGCUGCGCUUAUGCGUCCCGGUCGAUUCGAUCGUCACAUUGCUAUUGACCGACCUGAUAUUUCUGGUCGAAAGGAUAUCUUCCUGGUCCACCUUAAGCCCCUUACCCUCCACUCUUCCACGGACCGCGAUCUUCUGGCUGAAAAGCUCAGCACGCUCACUCCCGGAUUUAGCGGUGCUGAUGUUGCCAACGUCUGCAACGAAGCUGCGCUGAUCGCAGCACGCGGCGGCGCCGACUCGAUCGAGGAGCAUCAUUUUGAGAUGGCCAUCGAGCGAGUGAUUGCUGGUCUCGAAAAGAAGUCGCGUGUGCUUUCGCCCGAGGAGAAGAAGACUGUCGCUUACCACGAGGCAGGUCACGCCGUCUGCGGCUGGUUCCUCGAGCACGCCGAUCCCUUGCUCAAGGUCUCAAUCAUCCCACGUGGCGUCGGUGCGCUCGGCUAUGCUCAGUACUUGCCCAAGGAGCGCUACCUCUUUUCGACCGAACAGCUGCUCGACCGCAUGUGCAUGACGUUGGGUGGGCGGGUUUCUGAAGAAAUCUUCUUCACCACCAUCACCACCGGUGCUCAGGACGAUCUUUCCAAAAUUACGCGCAUGGCGUUCGAGAUUUGCGCAUCGUACGGAAUGAACAAGGAGCUCGGCCCGGUCUCGUACCGCACCGAGCAGGAGUCGAUGCACAAGCCGUAUUCGGAACGCACGGGUGAAAUGCUGGAUUUCGAGGUACGCAAGAUGGUCGCUGAGGCGCACAAGCGUACGACACAGCUGCUGCAGGACCACAAGGCAGAUGUUGAGAAGGUCGCGCAGCUGCUGCUCGAGAAGGAGGUCAUCACAAGGGAGGAUAUGAGGAACUUGUUGGGCGCAAGGCCGUUCAGUCAUGCAGACGAGGCGGAUCAGUACUUGGACAAGAAGGGUAGGUUGAAGAGAAAGGGCGAGGUCAGUGCUCCUCCCCCGCCGCCCGAGGAAAUCCCCAGUCCAGGACUUGCUACCAAGGCGCUCAACGACGACCAAACAAAGCUUUGA